AUGGCAUGCAGAUGCGGCUUACAGAUUUUGAACUGGGAGUGCGCCUUAAUUAUUGCCAUGGGGCUCGAAAGUCGUCGCGCAUUCUUUUCUGACCGGCCUCUGUACUACUCGUUUCGAGGCCCAACAAUAGAACGCUUACUCUGUUGUCGACUAAUUCUAUUGAGAGUACGCGAGCACCCAUUGCCUAAUCAUUUGACGCUGAAAGACACAAUUGGAAUGAGUAUUCCAUACCGAACCACUUACACGAAGAGCGAAGGUACUCAAGCAUCAAAUUGCAAUAUCGGUCUUGAGACUUUGAUGAGACGAACACAUAGUAUUAUUACUUAUACACGCCCCCGGCUUCCCGUUCCCCGGACCAGUACACCGCCUAUCUAUGGAGCCCCUGCUGCUACGCCAGCGUCAGCCCUUAUUGCCAAAGCCCCUGAGACCAGUUCCAGUGCCAGAAAGAAAUUAGAACCAAUACCUGCCUCUGUAUUUGCAAUAUCGCCCUCAGGAAAUGGUUGGAGGAGAAAAAAAGAACUUGGAGAAAUCGUGUUGGCUCGAUAAGCAGUAGAGCUCUAUUAGUCUCUUAGUAUAGCCGUGGAAGUUCCGAAAUCGAGUGAGAAAACCGCAAGAUACUUCGGAACAAAACAUGCAUGCGCCGACGCUCGCUGAAAACAGGUAUAUGCAUUGCAUGCGGUAGGAAAGAGAAAAUGGAAGUCGCUAAAAAUCCACAGGAAAGAGAAAUCGUGUCUGUAGUGUAGACGGUUGGCUGAAAAAAAAGAUGCCGAGAGAAGCCGCUGUCAUGUCGUCUCUGCGGGUGCGCGUCCUAUUAGUAUCGGAGUUUUCCGAGAAGAGAGAAAGAGUACGCAGCCUCACGCUCCGACUUCAUCUAUUUCGUUGGGUUAGCAGCUGUCC